GAUUCCGAGUUCGUUUGCUUUGAAGUUCGAACCUUUCUCAAGUCUCAACAUAGCCGGUUGGUGACGAGACGAAACUCUUACAUCCUCUCUUCCUCCAUGCUUCAUGCUUCAUCCCUCUAUCUGGUCUCUUCGCUCUUUACACCGUCAAUAUUAGAUUUAGGUUUAUUGAUAUCUCUAAUUCCUUCUGCGAUUUUCUCUGUCGACGAUUGAUCGUUUUUUUCCAUCAUAAGGCUAUAUGACGAGAAGUGUAACACAGAAUGUCGGUGAAUGUUCUAGUUCUGCAUCUUCAAACUGUCAGCAAAAUGUCGCUGAUGAUAGGAUGAUUGCUGUUGUACUUUCAGAAGAGUAUGCUAAGUUAGAUGGUGCAGUUGCUAGACGCCUUACUAACCUCGCACCUAUUCCUCAUGUUCCACGGAUAAAUUCCUACAUUCCAAAUGUAAGUGAGGCCAGCUUGGAUCACCAAAGGCUGCUUCAGAGGUUGAGUGCUUAUGGCUUGUGUGAAGUGAAGGUCUCAGGAGAUGGAAAUUGUCAGUUCCGUGCACUUUCGGAUCAAAUGUACGAGUCUCCUGACUAUCACAAGUAUGUUCGGAAAGAGAUUGUGAAGCAGCUUAAACACAACCGUUCUUUGUAUGAAGGCUACGUCCCCAUGAAGUACAAGUGCUAUUACAAGAAAAUGGCCAAAUCUGGUGAAUGGGGAGACCAUCUUACCUUACAAGCAGCAGCUGAUAAGUUUGCAGCGAAGAUAUGUCUCCUAACUUCAUUUAGAGAUACCUGUUUUAUUGAAAUUAUGCCCCAAUACCAAGCUCCUCAGCGAGGGCUGUGGUUAAGUUUCUGGUCUGAAAUACAUUAUAAUUCACUGUAUGAAAUUCGAGGUGCUGCUCCCAUUCAGCGUAAGCCAAGGAAGAAACAUUGGUUGUUCUAGGGGUUGGGAUUAAUGGUGUCCAUGUUGCAUUGCAAUUAGAGGUUGGGCUUGCACUGUAUAGCUGCACAUUUUUUUUUUUUUUCAUUUAUCAUUUAUUUAAUUUAUCCUGUAAUUUGAGCAUAUUCUUUGUGUGUAUAAAUCAGCUUAUUUUCUUGUUGA